GGUUUGGUUAAUUUAUUUAUAUGGAUAGCCAAUCUUUGGGCUGACUUGGUUGACAUUGGUAUAUAGUCUAUGUUAUACUGUUAAAUAACAAGCCUUCUAUUAUCUAUAUUCUAGUUAAUACGUGUGCUUGGGAGUCCUUGCAAUUUGAAUAAACCAAGAUCUUACCAUGACUGCAAUUUUAGAGAGACGCGAAAGUACAAGCCUGUGGGGUCGCUUCUGCAACUGGAUAACUAGCACUGAAAAUCGUCUUUACAUCGGAUGGUUCGGUGUUUUGAUGAUCCCUACCUUAUUGACCGCAACUUCUGUAUUUAUUAUCGCCUUCAUCGCUGCCCCUCCAGUAGAUAUUGAUGGUAUUCGCGAGCCUGUUUCUGGUUCUUUACUUUAUGGAAACAAUAUUAUCUCUGGUGCUAUUAUUCCUACUUCUGCGGCGAUCGGAUUGCACUUUUACCCAAUUUGGGAAGCUGCAUCUGUUGAUGAGUGGUUAUACAAUGGUGGUCCUUAUGAGCUAAUUGUUCUACACUUCUUACUUGGUGUAGCUUAUUAUAUGGGUCAUGAGUGCGAACUUAGUUUCCGUCUGGGUAUGCGUCCUUGGAUUGCUGUUGCAUAUUCAACUCCUGUUGCAGCUGCUACUGCUGUUUUCUUGAUUUACCCUAUUGGUCAAGGAAGCUUUUCUGAUGGUAUGCCUUUAGGAAUCUCUGGUACUUUCAACUUUAUGAUUGUAUUCCAGGCAGAGCACAACAUCCUUAUGCAUCCAUUCCACAUGUUAGGUGUAGCUGGUGUAUUCGGCGGUUCCCUAUUCAGUGCUAUGCAUGGUUCCUUGGUAACCUCUAGUUUGAUCAGGGAAACUACUAAAAAUGAAUCUGCUAAUGAGGGUUACAAAUUUGGUCAAGAGGAAGAGACUUAUAAUAUUGUGGAUGCUCAUGGUUAUUUUGGCCGAUUAAUCUUCCAAUAUGCUAGUUUCAACAACUCUCGUUCUUUACACUUCUUCUUGGCUGCUUGGCCUGUAGUAGGAAUCUGGUUCACUGCUUUAGGUAUUAGUACUAUGGCUUUCAACCUAAAUGGUUUCAAUUUCAACCAAUCUGUAGUUGAUAGUCAAGGCCGCGUUAUUAAUACUUGGGUUGAUAUCAUCAACCGUGCUAACCUUGGUAUGGAAGUAAUGCACGAACGUAAUGCUCACAACUUCCCUCUAGACUUAGCUGCUGUUGAAGUUCCAACUAUUAAUGGAUAAGGUUUUUCUGCUAACAUAUAAGAAUUUUUGAAGAAAGAAAAGACAAAAAUACCCAAUAUCUUGUUCUAGCAAGAUAUUGGGUAUUUUGAAUCUUUUUUUUCUUCUUAAUCUU